AGAUUUCAAAAUGAGCAAUAAUAGGUCUUGGAUGUAUGAAAGACUCGGAAAUCGAGGGUUUCUAAAUGAAGACUUCAAAAAAGGAGUUAAUGAGUUUAUUCAGAAGGCGGUAAACUUAUAUCCAAGUGGGGUGAUUGCAUGUCCGUGUAGAAAGUGCAAGAACAGAAAAUUGUUGACUUGGGAUAUUGUUAAACAACAUCUUUUUGAAAAAGGAUUUGUUGAAGACUAUUAUGUAUGGGGAGCGCACGGAGAGACAUAUAAUUCAAAUGGGCUGGUUUAUUUGGAUGAAGGUAGCUCUUCCCGUCAUAAUACAUCUGAAGUUCCAUAUGACCCAUAUAAAUCAAUGUUUGAAGACGCUGUUAGGAAUGAGUUUCCUAUAGGUACGCCUGAUGAUAUGCAUGUUGACGAUGAGGAGCCUAAUCCAAUGACAAAGAGCAUGUAUGAAAUGCUUGCUGCGACAAGUCAACCAUGUUUUGAUGGUUGUCCCAUGACGGAGUUGAGUGCCAUGACUGAAUUGUUGAACUUAAAGACUGAGAUGAAUUUAUCAGAGGCUGCCACUGACAGAAUUGUUCAACUUGUGAAUAGGUUUUUCCCAACACAUAUCUCCAAUCGGCCCAUCCAGAAUUUCAAGAAAAUAAAAAGGAAACUCUCACUAUUAGGAAUGACUCAUCAAUCUAUUGAUUGUUGUCCAAAAGGGUGCAUGAUCUAUUGGAAAGCAGACAGUGAACUAAUCGAGUGCAGAUUUUGCUCUAGUGCAAGGUAUGAGGUCAAUAAUCAGUCAAGUAAACCAAUCCCGCUUUCUAGGAUGGAGUAUUUUCCGAUUACUCCAAGACUACAGAGGCUUUAUGCCUCAAAUACAACUGCUGGGGAUAUGAGAUGGCAUAAAAGUCACCACAGAGAAGAAGGAGUGAUGCGACAUCCAUCAGAUGGGAAGGCAUGGAUUCAUUUUGACAAUGUUUAUCCAUCUUUUGCCGAGGACCCUAGAAAUGUUAGACUCGGUCUAUGCUCAGAUGGGUUUCAACCAUUCGGACAAUUUGGACAGAAGUAUUCGUGUUGGCCUAUUAUCUUGACACCAUACAACCUUCCUCCAGGUAUAUGUAUGAAAGAACAAUUUCUGUUCUUAUCCAUAUUGAUUCCAGGGCCAAAGAAUCCCACAAAUAGGAUAGAUGUUUAUUUGCAACCUUUGAUAGAAGAGUUGAAGCAAUUAUGGGAGGUUGGGACUGUAACGUAUGAUGCACUUUCAAAGGAGCACUUUAAUAUGCGAGCUUCUUUGCUUUGGACAAUUAGUGAUUUUCCAGCAUAUGCCAUGCUCUCUGGAUGGAGUACAAAAGGGAAAUUUGCAUGUCCGUGUUGUACUGAAUUUACAGAAGCAUUCUGGUUACCCCGCAGCAAGAAACAUAGUUGGUUUGAUAACCACCGAAAGUUCCUAGCAGAAGAUCAUCCAUUUCGAUGGGACAUCGAGAACUUCACUAAGGGUAAAACAGUCAUGUAUGGCCCUCCAUUAUAUAGAGAUGGUUUAUAUUGUUAUGGUGAGAUGGAUGCCCUAAUGUCUGUGACCGAAUUAGGCAGUUUGGAACACAACAAAGUGGUUGGGAAGAAUAUUGGGUGGAAGAAACGUAGUAUCUUUUGGGAUCUUCCGUAUUGGAAGGAUUUGCUUCUGCGCCACAAUCUUGAUGUAAUGCACAUAGAGAAAAAUUUCUUUGAGAACAUAUUCUACACAAUUUUGGGUGUGCCAGGGAAGUCAAAGGACCAUACACGAGGGAGAAUGGACAUGGAACAAAUUUGUCAUAGACCAAGUAUGGAGAUGGACCGUGAUGGAAAAUAUCCCAAGGCUCCUUUUGUGCUUUCAAACAAGCAAAGAGAAGUUUUGUGCAGUUGGGUUGAUUCACUUAAGUUCCCCGAUGGAUUUGCAUCUCGAUUAGGACGUUGUGUAGAAAUGGAGAACCUUAAGGUAUUCGGUAUGAAGAGUCAUGAUUGUCACAUUUUUAUGCAACGUCUACUUCCAAUUGCAUUGAGAGAAAUGCUACCUGCUUGUAUUUGGGAGGCAAUUACUGAGAUUAGUUUAUUCUUUCGUGAGUUAACAAGAAAGACUGCACGAGUUUCUGUCAUUGAAAAGCUAAAGGAUGAUAUUCCUAUCAUUUUAUGUAAAUUGGAGAAGAUUUUCCCUCCCUCAUUUUUUGACCCGACGGAGCAUCUUCCCAUACAUUUGCCGGAUGAAGUUUUGCUAGGCGGACCACCGCAAUAUCGAUGGAUGUAUCGCUUCGAAAAUUUUUUAGGGUCAGUGUUAAAGAAAAAGAUCGGCAACAAGGCUAGAGUUGAAGCCUCAAUUAGAGAGGGUUAUUUGCUAAGUGAAAUGGGUACAUUUGCGAGUUACUACUUCCCAGAGGAAGUCACCACAAAAGCACGUGGUGUCCCGAGAUUUGAUGACGGUUUUAUGAUUAAUGAUGAUGUCCCUGCUUCCAUUUUUGCACAAAAGGCAAAAGCAAUUGGUGCAAGCACACGUCGAUACAUGGACCAAAACGAAACCAAUGCAGUGCAUUCCUAUGUACUACAAAAUUGCCUAGAGAUCGACUCAUUUAGAGAAUUGUUCACGAAUGCAACCGGAUUGACAACCUCCGAUGAACUUCAAUUUCAAGCACAAUUUCCGCUCUGGUUUUAUCACUAUGUGCGAAAUGACAUUAUAGAUCACCCACGAUGGAUUCGGGCUUUAGCUGGAUUUCCUGCUCCAUACGUGACGACAUACCAAACACUUCAUAUAAAUGGUUAUAAGUUCAACACUACUGCACGAUCUGAAGGGAGGGUGACCUGUAAUUGUGGGGUUAUGGUCAAGUGCACAAGUUAUGAUGGUUCAGAGCUUGACUAUUAUGGUUUAAUACAUGAAAUAAUUCAGCUAGAAUAUCAAGAUUAUAAGAUAAUCGUCUUCAGGUGUGAAUGGUUUGAACCUUCAAGUAGAGGCACACGACGCCAUCCAUUAUACAACAUAGUGGAUGUGAACACACAACACCGACUUCGUAUUUCAGACUGCUAUAUUUUAGCAUCACAGGCAGAUCAAGUUGUGUAUGUGCCAUAUCCUAGUACAAAUAAACGAGCCAAUAGAUGGCUUUCUGUUGUUCAGUGCAUGCCACGGGCUUUUGUCGAGGGAGAUUUGGGAGAAAAUUUGACACAUGAAGAUGAACACCCCUCAGCGUUUCAAGAAGACGAGCCUAGGAAUUCAUUCCAAAUAGAGUUAGAUGAACAACCAUUUCCAAAUUAUGGUCAAUUACACAUCGAUGACUGUGAUGAUCAUUCAGUUGCGUUUAAUGCUCCAGAGAAUAUGGAUGAUACAUUAGAUGGAGCAUAUGACAUGGAGCGUGAUGAUGACGAAAAUGAUAGUGAUCACGAAGAAAAUAUUAAUUGUGAUUGAGGUUCACUACCC